AAAUCAAAACCUCUCCUUUUCUCCCCCAUUUCGUUUCGCGUUCUCUUCCUUCCCUCGGGGGAGGUUUUUGUCCACGGAACGAGCGGCUCCUGCUCGCUCUCCCAGUCCCCACGCCGCGUGGAUUCCCCUCCCUCCCUCCCCGAUCCGGCGAUGGACUCGGCGGCGAGGGCCUCCCGCUCCCAGGCGCCGCCGCCGCCGCCCGCCGCCGGGAUCCGCGUCCGCGCGCCGCUGGUGGAAUCUGUCUCAUGCUACUGCAGAUUAGAUACUGGUCUGAAAACCGUUGUUGAUGCUAGAAAGUUUGUUCCUGGAGCAAAGAUGUGCAUGCAACCUGAUGUCAAACCCAACAAGCGCAAAUCAAGGGGCUCUCGGAAGGAGAGGUGCCGAACUCAGGCACCACUUUUGCCUGGUCUUCCUGAUGACCUUGCUAUUGCUUGUCUCAUACGGGUUCCUCGAGUUGAACACCCCAAUCUUCGAAUGGUUUGCAAAAGAUGGAAUCGUCUCUUGUCUGGGAACUACUAUUAUUCCUUGCGCAAGAAAAAUGGGAUGGCAGAAGAAUGGGUUUAUGUCUUUAAAAGGGACCGUGAAGGAAAGAUAUCCUGGCAUGCCUUUGACCCACUGCACCAGCUAUGGAAGUCGCUGCCACCAGUUCCAGCGGAGUAUUCAGAAGCAUUAGGCUUUGGGUGUGCUGUUCUCAGUGGUUGCUAUCUGUAUUUAUUUGGUGGUAAGGAUCCUCUGAGGGGCUCUAUGAGGCGCGUCGUAUUUUACAAUGCUCGGACAAACAAAUGGCACCGAGCUCCAGAUAUGUUACGGAAACGACACUUUUUUGGUUCUUGUGUCAUAAACAAUUGCCUGUAUGUUGCUGGUGGGGAGUGUGAAGGAAUACAAAGGACACUCCCAUCUGCUGAAGUUUAUGAUCCAAAUAGGAACAGAUGGGCUUGCAUUGCUGAAAUGAACAAUGGGAUGGUGCCUUUCAUUGGAGUUGUAUAUGAUGGCAAGUGGUUCCUAAAAGGGCUUGAUUCCCAUCGCCAAGUGACGAGUGAAGUCUACCUACCAUCAUCCAAUUUGUGGUCAACCAUUGAUGAUGAAAUGGUUACAGGCUGGCGAAACCCAAGCAUUACAUUCAAUGGAAAGCUCUAUUCAUCUGAUUGUCGAGAUGGCUGCAAGCUUAGAGUGUAUGAUCCAAACACAGGAACGUGGGCAAAGUUCAUGGACAGCAAGCACCACCUGGGCAGCUCACGUGCCUUUGAAGCUGCAGCGUUGGUGACACUGAAUGGGAAGCUUUGCAUUGUCCGCAACAACAUGAGCAUCACCCUUGUUGACAUAUCCGACCCAACGAUGAGUAUUGAGACUGAUAGUGCACGCAUGUGGGAGACUGUUGCUCGGAAGAGCCAGCAUAGGUCGUUUGUGGCUAACCUGUGGUCAACAAUUGCAGGAAGGAACCUGAAGAGCCACAUUAUCCAUUGUCAAGUGUUGCAGGUUUGAGUUCAGCCUGCAGUGAAUCUGAACAUAAUCAUUCCAGUGAAACGACCCCUCCUUUGGAAGGUCAAUUAGAUUCCAUACCAAAAUCGCGGCACAAGAAGCUCGUCGCCGAAACAAAUCUUGUUCAUUCGAUUACCAGAAAACACCAAUUCAAUAUUCUGGAAAUGUGAAGCUACUCAUCAGUUAGGAAGGAGAUGGAUACCUGAAAUUUUAUGCGCAAACUGGAAACUGAAAAGAAUAUUUCCCUAGUAUACCGGGAGUUAAAUAGUCGCGGUGAUAGGCAGAGAAUAUACAUCGGUGGAUAUCAUUUCACUAAGCUGGAAUGCUCCACCCUCAGCCUCUCACUGAUCAUUGUACUUAUCUAUGUUGUAUGAUGCUCCCUUUGGCAUACUGCUUAGUGCGUAAUGUUGGUUGUAUGUUGUAGCGGCAGAUUAGACCUGAGAUUAGAAAAGUAAUAAUCCUGUUACUUGCUGUA